AUGGUACUGCCGCCCCCUGACAAGCGGCAUGUCUGUCUAACCACCAUUGUAAUCAUGACCAGCAUGGCCUUCAUGGAUGCAUACCUUGUGGAGCAGAACCAGGGCCCACGGAAAAUAGGCGUCUGCAUCAUUGUCCUGGUUGGGGAUAUUUGCUUUCUUAUAGUCCUCCGUUAUGUGGCAGUUUGGGUGGGUGCAGAGGUAAGGACUGCAAAGCGUGGCUAUGCCAUGAUCCUCUGGUUCCUCUACAUAUUUGUUCUUGAGAUCAAGCUCUACUUUGUCUUCCAGAACUACAAGGCCGACCGGAAAAGUCUGGAGACAGUUGCUCGGAAAGCGUUGACUUUGUUGCUCUCAGUUUGUGUGCCAGGGCUAUACCUUGUUCUGGUUGCGCUCGACAGCAUGGAAUAUGUAAGAACCUUCCGGAAGAAAGAGGACAUGCGGGGUCGACUGUUCUGGGUGGCACUUGACUUGUUGGAUGUACUGGAUAUUCAGGCCAACUUGUGGGAGCCACAGCGGACAGGUCUGCCCAUCUGGGCAGAGGGUCUGAUGUUCUUCUACUGUUACAUCCUGUUGCUGAUUCUGCCAUGCGUUUCUCUGAGCGAGAUCAGCGUACAGGGUGAGCACGUAUCACCUCAGAAGAUGAUGCUCUACCCUGUCCUCAGCUUGGUGACCAUUAACAUUGUUACGAUUCUCAUUCGAGGUGUGAACAUGGUGUUAUUCCAAGACAGCCGAGUCUCGACCAUCUUCAUCGGCAAAAAUGUGGUUGCCAUCGCAACCAAGGCCUGCACCUUCCUGGAGUACCGGCGACAAGUAAAGGAGUUCCCUCCGCAAGAUCCUGCAGGCAUUGCCAUGGAGAUACACCAGAACUCUGUGCCACACAAUCAAAUUCUGCCAAAUGUCACUACCACCCUCCCAGAAGAGCACUCACCUGCCCGUGAAGUCAUUGACACGUGACCUGAGCUGAUAAAAACUUUGUGUCACUUUCAAACUUUUUUUAAGAUUUAACUUGAACUUUAAGGUCAACAGGGAAAGAAGGAAACCUUAGCGAGUCCAGACCAAGGCAAGUUGAGGUAUCCUUCUUCUGGUCCCUUUACUAGACAGCAAGGAGUU